ACGAGCCUUUAUAGUAAAAACAAAUAUGGCGGCGCCCAUGAUCCUUUCGUCACCAAUUUUCCUCCUCGGAUUCAUGUGCAUAUUUGUCGUGAUUUGCUUAUGUAGGUUGUUAUAUAUCACAAAUAAUCUCGGAAAAAUCAAAACAAAACAUCGGCAUAAAGUAAAAACUUUGAUCGUCGCAGGUUCAGGGGGCCACACCACUGAAGUCAUCCGCCUCCUAGGUAGCAUGUCAAAUGUCUAUUCUCCACGAGUCUAUGUUUAUGCCAAUACAGACAAAAUGAGCGAGGAUAAAAUCCGGACGUUUGAAGAGAACAAGAUGACAGAAGGAGAGAGCAGUGAGUACAUAAUAGAGAAGAUUCCUAGGAGCAGAGAGGUUCGGCAGUCCUAUCUCACCAGCAUUGUCUCGACUCUUUAUGCCACCUUAUUUGCCUUCUUCAUCGUAUUCAAACAUUCUCCAGAUUUGUUACUUGUGAAUGGCCCUGGAACCUGUAUACCACUGUGUGCUGCAGCAUUUGUUAUGAGGUUUCUUGGUGUAAAGCCUGUUGUUCAAGUCUAUGUAGAAAGUAUCUGCAGGGUUAAACAUCUAUCUCUGUCGGGUCUCAUAAUGUACUACUUUGCUGAUCACCUUAUUGUCCAAUGGCCUUCACUCAAGGAAAAAUACCCAAAGGCAAUAUAUCUGGGCAGGGUAGUGUAAUGUAAAACUAUAGUAACAUAAAAAUAUGUAUAUGUUAUGAUAAUAGUGGUGUGGGCUUAUAAAGCGUACAUACCAUUCAAAGAUGCUUAUGGCACUAGCUCAGCAACUUCUUUUAUUUAUUGAUCAGCCAUAAAGUAUUAACAUCUUUUAAAACCUGCAAAUUAAACAAAAGUCAAACAAUGCAAAUAUUAAAAACAUUUGCUAGUAAUACAAUAAGAAACCAUGUUGCAUUCAAAGAAAGUUCAUCUCAAAGUUGCCCUUAUGUUAGAUAUUACAGAAACCUUGAUUAAAGAUAUUUCGAAUUAAUAAAAGAAAAAUCAGAAAAGCCUAAUGCUGUAAAAUUCCUCUUUUUGAUCAGAUAUAAAAUAGUAAAGUUUUCAAAUUCUAUUUUUUGUAACCUAAAAAAAAAAACACAUCCUGGUCAGUAUGAGGGAAUUGAUGGCGUUGCCUCCUUACUAUUGAUUUCCUAUUCUAUUAUUUAUUUUAAUGUGCUCCUCAUUAUAAUAUGAAACAAGGAUUGAUUCCUCCAGACUUGCCUUUGUUCUAACAGAUUGCAAUUUAAUGAAAAGCUUCAUUUUUGUCAAGAGGCAACAAUUGGAGUAUUCCAUAUUUGAUAUAAUGAAUAACAAAUAAUGAGUGUGUGAUAUCAUCAAUUUCAUCAUUUGCAUACCACUCGUGAUGUGAAUAUGAUCGGUUUGUGAAAAAAAAACACAAUUUUUACAGGACAUAUUUUCCUUAUUUAACAUCUGAUUUUGAUUAAAUAUCACCAAUAUGCCUAAUUUUUUCCAAUUAUUAAGUACCCCGGUAAGUCUAUUGAUUAUAGCUGUUACAUUUAUUAUAUAUCAACCCAGGCUUAUAAUGAUUUUCCAUCUCUGAAUGAAAUAUUUCAAGAUAAAUGGGGAUGUAUAACAUUAAUUGUCCUUCCAAGUCCUUGUGCUUUGCACAGUGGAGUGUUAUGGCCCAGUUGAUUAGUCUGUAGACUUUUAAACAGAAGGCCAUGGGUUCAAAUUCCAGCUCGUGUGAUUUCCUUCUGCAAGAAAAUCAAUCCACUUUUUGCUGAACUGAAUGGGUACCUGGCAGGAAUUUAUUUCUUGAGAAGUAGGGCUCAUAACAGCUGCUUUGCUAAAGCCAGGGUAAUUAUGCUGCAUUACUGUAGAGCAUUAAAUGACUUCAGACAAAGUAAUUGUUAAGUGCUGUAUUUGCAAGUAUAAUGAUUAUUAUUACUCUUGCACUUUGGUGUGAAUAUAUUCGUGAAACACCUUCCUGGUAGGUGCAAUUCUAUAGGUUACAUGUAUGACUGGAUGCAAUCGUACCAAGAAAGAAAUUCUAUUUUUGUCAUUAUUUGAAAUUUUUUGCACAGUGCCCAUUUCGGAGAGAUUGAAAAAGAAUGUGAUGUCGAUGAUGAUGGAUAAUGAAAAGGAAUAUUGUGGCCCCUCCUAAAUUGUCAAAAUGCUGAAUGUAUUUAAAUUAUGAUUUACCAGAAGGGGAGAAUUGUUUUUAGAUUAUUAUUGAAUUAAUUACUUGGCAUUGGUGAUUUGAUUGUGCCUUGCAUUGAUUUGCUAAAUUCCAGGCUUUCUCCACAAAAUUCAUUUGUAAAAGAAUACAUGUACACUUUUUUAAUAAUUGUCUUCAUUACCAUCUUGGCUGAUGAUAGUGUUUGAAAAUCUAUAAAAGUCAUAUUAUUUUCGAAAUUCUGCAGGCAGUGUUGCUUACGAUGUUAAUGGUGAAAUAAAGUAACAAUAUAUUUUGUAUAAUAGUUAA